AUGGUCAAUUUAAGAAAACGCGAUAUAUUAGAACGUUAUCGUAGCCUACUUGAAAAUAAUCUUAUUUUUACUGAUGAUUUUCUUCAAUGGUUUAAAGAAAAAAGAGUUCUUCCUGAUUUUGUCUUUGAUGAUAUUAAAACUUUAUCAUCAUCAUAUGAAAGAAAUAAAAAAUUGCUUCAAAGUGUUAUUGAUAAUGGUGAUUUAGCCUUUACAAAAUUAGUUGAAGGUCUAAUUGCAAAUGGUCAACCAUUUUUAGGUGAACUUCUUGAAAGUGAAGAUAAAAAAGCAUCUGAUUCAACAGCAGAUGCAGCUGAACGAGUGGUUAUUGAUGAUGAUAUGCUAAGAAAAUGUCCUGGUAUUGAUAAAUUACGUUCUGAUACACGAGAUAAACUUAAAACAUAUCUUCAAACACAAUUAUUAAAAGUUCAUUUGAAUGAUACAUGGAAAUCUCAAAGUCAAUGUAAAUCAGUAGAAGUUAUAAACCUAAAACGACAACAUUAUGAAGCUCAACAUAAAUUAAUUGAAACAAUUGAAGAACAGAAACGUAAUAUUGCUGGUUUAAAAGAUUCACUUCGAAACGAACAAUUUGCUCAACAACGAAAAGAAGACGAACUACAAGAACUUCGUCAACAAGUAGGUCGACUUCAAUCAGAUUUCGAAAAUAAAUGGUCAAAUCAAACGAAAAUGGUCGAUGCAAAUAAUAGAAGUUUAUUUAAGAUGAAUGAUAAAAUGGCAAUACUUACCGAUUGGCUUGUUACUCUUGAUAGUAUCUUAAAAAUCAGUGUUUUACACACCGGUACACAAUACGAUUCGAUUGAACAGUUACAAAACAAACUUAGACGAUACACAAGUGAAAUUGAAUCUCUUCGAAUAAGAGGCAUCGGUACUGAUAAACUCAAAGAAGAAUUAUAUGAAGCACUUUAUACAAGUCGCUAUUUGCCAAUAGAAGAUCGAAAAAAUAAACCAUUUUAUGAUUUAUUAGUACAUUUCUAUGGUAUAAAUCAAGUUACUGAAUUAUCACGAAUAUGUACAAAAGAUGCUUUACAAUCGAAAUUAGAACGUGAUCAAACACAUGAAAUUCGAAUACGUGAUAUUAAAAUAGAUGAACUAAAUCGACUUAAUCGAGAGUUACAAGAUGAAAUUGAUCGUCUUAAAUCAAGAUCAACACCAUCUGUCGAACAACCAACAGUUAAAUCGAAUAAACCACAAUGGCAGCCAAUAACUUCUUCUGUUGCAGUAACAUCACGUGAAAAAACUAAAACUCGUCAAACAUUAAAACCAGUAUCUGUUCAAUUUAGUACAAAACCUGGAACUCAUUGA